AUGGCGCGCAUCCAGCGUUGCCUCCUUCCCAUCCUUCUUGCACUCACCCAAUGUCUCGCAUACAUUCAUUCACCAGAGACUUUCUCUGACAACUCCUCCAUUUCCUUUCCGUUGAACCACACAAACAGCCUGUUCCGGCGGGCAUCUGAAGAUUACACCUGCUCUGCCGAUAGGCCUUGCUCCAACAAAGCCUGCUGUGGUGAGAGCAAUGUCUGCGGAUACGGGCCUACGUACUGCGGUGAUGGAUGCCAGUCCCACUGCGAUGCCAAGGCAGAGUGCGGCCAGUACGCCGAGGUGCCUGGCACUACUUGCCCGCUCAACGUAUGCUGCUCCGAGUUCGGAUUCUGCGGCACGACUGCCGAUUUCUGCGGCAACAACUGCCAGUCCAACUGCGGCUCGCCCGAGCGGCCGAACGGCGGAGGCGACGUGCGUGACCGCAUCAUCGGCUACUACGAGUCGUGGGCCAGUUCCAAGGAGCCUUGCGGCGCCAUGACCCCUGAGCAGAUUCCGGUUGACGGGCUCACUCAUGUCAACUUUGCGUUUGCCUACAUUGAUCCCCACACUGGCGACAUCGUCCCUAUGGAUAAUGCCGGAGAUGGGGAUGAGAUGUUCUCGCGGGUGACCGAUAUCAAGCUUCGCAAGCCAGGCAUCAAGGUCUGGAGCAUCUUUGGGGAUAUUGCCGCUUCAACAGUUCAGAGCAGGGAAUUUGCUGGCAAGCUCAUCGCCUUUUGCGGAAAAUACGGCUUCGAUGGCGUCGACAUCGACUGGGAGUACCCCGGCGCCGAUGAUCGGGGCGGCAAAAAGGAAGACAAAGACAACUUUCCCAAAAUGCUAAGCAUUAUCAAGUCGUCUUUUGGCCGUAGCCCUCGCCCGCUGGGGAUUUCUAUCACUCUUCCCACUUCCUACUGGUACCUAAGAUGGUUUGACCUUCCAGAAUUGGCUAAGUCGGUCGACUGGUUCAACCUAAUGUCGUACGACCUGCAUGGAGUUUGGGACCGUGGCACGCCUAUUGGAUCCUAUAUCUGGCCGCACACCAACCUCACAGAGGUAGACGAGGCGCUAGACCUUUUCUGGAGGAACGACAUCAGCCCGUCUAUCAUCAACCUGGGGCUCGGCUUCUACGGCCGCACCUUUAAGCUCGAGACACCGCUCUGUUCCAAGCCCGGGUGCAAGUUUGGAGGACCCGCAGGCAGAGGAUUGUGCACACAGGAGGCUGGCAUCCUGUCCUACAGAGAGAUCCGAGAGAUUAUCAAAGAGGUGUCGAUCUACGGCGGCGUCACAUACGAUGAGGAAGCGGCAGUCAACUACUUUACCUACGGCAGAAAUCAGGGCAACUCCUGGGUCUCUUUUGACGACAAGCGCUCGUUCCAAGCCAAGAUCGACUUUGCCAACAAGAGAGGUCUUGCCGGCCUGUUUAUCUGGGCCAUUGACCAGGACGACGACAACCUCGACGCACUACGUGCCGUCACCGGCAAGGACCUGGAGAUGUCGCCUGCGCUCAGCGACGUCGAGGACCGCUUCGACAUUAGCAAAUGCUACAUCACCGAAUGCGGCGGCAAGUGCGAGUCCGACGAAACCACCAUGGUCCAUACGAACCUCGACGAGAGCAACAAGGGAUGCAGCGGCAGCAAGCACGACCAGCGCGCAUUCUGCUGCCCCGCCCUGACUGCCCCCGACCCAAAGACCUGCAACUGGCGCGGCAGCGGCCCGUUCUGCAGAGACGGCCACUGCAAAGAAGACACAGAAGUGACCAUGCUCAUCGACGACUACGGUGGCGCGUCGGGCUGCUACUUUGGCGGCCGCAAGAGCUGGUGCUGCCCUACGACCGUCGGCCAGGAGCAGAUCAAGCAGUGCAAGUUCGACGUCACGGGCAAGUGCUCCGACGCUUCCCGGCCGCAGAACCUGACCACCGUGACUUUCGGCAUUCCUGCUGGCGGCGGUGCUGGUGGGCCCGGCGUCAUCAUUAAGAAGGUCGAGCCGCUGUGCUGCCCUGAGAAGCCGGAGUUCGAGAACUGCGCCUGGCACGGAAAGGAUGGUGCCUGUGACGGCAACCGCUGCCCUGUGGGCCAGGUCAUGGUUGCGAGUACCUCGGCGAGCCACGGCGGACCGGGUGAUGGCAAGAAUGGCUGCUCGCUCGGCCGCAAGGCCGUCUUCUGCUGUGAUCCUCCUGCGGACGGUAGCGAGUUCCUCCCUGUUGCCCUGGAGAACCUGUUCCCGGAUGCAGACACCUUCGAUGAUUCUUGGACGCCUAUAUUCGAUGAAGCCAUCGGCUACAGCCCGUACCAGAAGCCCCACCAUGACCCCGUCAAGCAGGAUCCUAAUGAGGAGAGUUUCGCCUGGAUCGUGAUUGUCGGUGACGAAGAAGACGUCCAGACCUUCGACAAGCGCGACGGUUCGCACUUGGAACUCUACAAUUGCCCCAACCCAGAUGGAGAUGACUACUCGGUCCAGCGGCUCAACGCCGUGUGUAUGAACCACGGCGAGAGUAGCAACUGCGAAGACAUCACCAAGGGAGGUGUCAAGGGUACUAUCGUUCGGCUGCCAGAUGGCUGCGGUCCGGAUAAGUAUGUGCGAGCAGUCAGCUUCAAGGAGACCGAUAACACUACUUCAAUGCCACAGGAGCUGCGGAAGAGGUCAACUGGCGAGCCACACGGAAAGGUCUACGAGUUCCGCUACGAUUACAACUUUAAGAACCUGCGGCGGGCAGCCGGAACUGUGCACUUCCGCGCCGACGUCUCCAAUCAUCCGGGCUACUGGGACGAGAUCGUGGCUGCUGACAAUGAUUCGCCGGUCAAGAAGCGGAACCAGCACAACUGGCGGGAGAUGGACAAGCGGUGGGUAAAAGAAAACGAGCCUGACAGCUGGCGCAAGCGGUUCCUGCAACUCCUCACCAGAAAAGAUGUCGGGACUCUGAAGGAGUACUCUUUCAAGCAGAACCUAUACCGAACGACCAGGGUCUGCUCAGACAACCUGGCGGCUUGGCUGACAAUGGAUGCUGAAGGAGACCUCACAACCACCAUGGACUUCGGCCAGACCAUCGUCGGCACGCUGAACAACUUCCAGUUCGCGCAGGCCUUUGCUUUCAUGCGGCAGUCAGACUUCAAAGUCCACAUCACCGCCGGCCUCUCCGCCGAGGCGCGGGCCCGCAUGCAGACGCCCCUGACGUCGCUGGAUGGCAGCAGCCUGUCGACAUUCGGCUCCAACUACAACAUCAAGGGCAUCCUGAAGAUCAACCCGUACCUGGACGUGCGCGCGCAGAUCCAAGCCGAGGCAAUAGUCUCGCUCCAGGGCGUCGUAGACGUGACAGUGGCAACGCCCAUGUUCCACUACAUGUUCCCCGAAGAGCUCGAGACGGUGCCGACGACGCCGAUCACCGGCUGGAACAUCUCGACGAGGCAUUCCAACCUCAACAGCCCAGGCAAGCUCAGCGUCGACGUCGGGGGCGCGGUGACUAUCUCCGUCGUGCCCGUGCUUGGUAUUACUACCGAAAUCGAUUACGGCAAACGGUCGUCCAUUACCAAGGUCGAGGCCGCCUUCCGCGGCGACGUCAAGUUCAAGAUGAGCGCCACCGUGGGCACGGACUGCAAGGGUUUCCGCAUUGGUGUCGAUGCGGGUUUUGCUGGCAAGUUGAACGUCAGUGGCGCCGCAGUUUUUCCCAAGUGGCUUGACGGGUCCUACGAUCUGGUCAACAAAUACGGCACAGUGCUAGACGACGUCUGCAUUCCUUAUGGAGGCGGCAUCUCGCCGGGUAAGCGUGGAAUAGAGAUGGUCUCCUCCACGGGACUGGAGCUGGACAUGGACAGCUCUUCUACACCGCACUUUGUCUCUACCGAGCUACAGCGUAGAGCCUUCCUUGCUGAUGAGGGCGCUGGUUCUGUCUUCCCCGAUCCCAAUGGUGAGAACAUCUACUGUCCGCGCAGCAACGGCGGCCAAGGCAAGUGUCGGGGCAGGCACACGUUUGUCGACGAGCUGGAGAACCCAGACGACUACGCGCUGCGAAAGCGGGGCGUGCUGGUCAAGCGCGACGGCAACAAGUAUUUUUGCGGGACUGACGGCGUACCGGGGCUGAAUGGGCCGAAAGAGAUGAAGUUGAUCCUGCCGACGCACAUGGGCACGACGCCGUGGCUGCAAACCUGGCCGAAGGUGCCCACGUUCGCGCCCAAGAACCCAGACUCGUGCGACUUCGAGUUCGGGCAGAUUGACACCCCAACCCCUGACGAGGUCACGCGCGUCGAGGGGACGAACCAGGCGUCGCUGCAGGUCGAGCACAUCCUCGAGACGCAGACGUUCAAGCACUUCGGAAACCACCUCGCCGAGAAGUUCUCGAACUGUGACAGGUUUCGCCAAAACCCGACUCGCAAGCUUUACGACGACCCGCGCGGCAAGGUGGACGACAACGGAGAUCCCGUGCAGAUUAGCUGGUGCGAGUACUGGGCAAUCUGGUGGGACAAGAUGGACGCGAAGAGUGCCGAGAAGGCUAACACGCUGCUCGGCUCCGUGCUGCCGGGAGCGAAGAACUGGGGAUGGAGCGAGCUGGUGCUGGUCGAUUUCUACGUCAACCAGCUCAAAGCCCAAGCGUUCUCUCCCGGCACGGCCUUCUCCGAUCAGGGCAACCUCAAGGACUGGCAAAAGGACCCCCCGGACGACUCGGAGAUGCCAGACCCUAUCAGCUACCCAGACGGCGCCACUGAGGAGGAGAAGAUAGAGAUCGAGAAGGAGUGGAAGAAGGAAGAGAAGAAGCGCCCCCACCACUGGGGCGACAUCCUCGACUUCGUCCGCGAGAUCAUCAUGCUGUACAAGUACAUGUCGGAGCCCUCAAUCCAGCAGCGUCUCGUGCGCUCCGCCUGCCGCUACGCGCAUCGGCUCGAUUGGAUCAACAAAACCUACAUCAAUCAGAAAAUCCGGCACCUCCAGGUCAGGGGCAAGGACUACGUCACCAUGGACUACAACCUGGAUCUCAACAAACCACUAUCAGAUUUCUGGUGGGAAUGGCUGGUGGACACGCACUUCCAAGAUGCUGAGAACAAGGCUAAGAACGUCAUCACCGAGUGGACACUGAAGGUGUGGAAGGAAAACAGGGACCCGGACCUGUUUCCCGACCGCAGCCAGCUGCCAGACGGCCACAGCUUCGGCAACAACCGUGAGAUCAUCGACCGCGCUCAGGAGACUUACGACGAGGUCAACUCCAUGUCCACGUGGAAUAUCGGGUGGAUCAACAGCGCUGAUUGCGGUGGCACUUACCAAGAUCCCCCGAAUGUCGACGAUUGGUACGACACAUGGCCGGCCGCUUUUCAAAAGCCUAUUGGCUCUGAUUAG